GCACCACAAGAUUUUCAUUGUGCCUGCACAAGCAAUGGGAUCAUCGUCUCCUCCGCAAGAACUAGUCCAUUUGGUCGCGGUUCCAUGGGUGAUCCCAGGUCACGUAAAUCCGCUCCUCCAUCUCUGCUCCAAGCUCGCCGCGCUGGGCUCCUUCCAGAUCACAUUCAUCAACACCUUCGAGAAUCACGAGCGGAUGUUCAAGUCGCGGGAGCCCAUCACCCGCGAGGGCAUCGAUUUCGUAGGAGUCUCGGACGGGAUGCCGGAGCGCGGUGCCAACGAUCAUCCUCCCCCCGGGAUGGAGGGACUGAAGGAGGUGAUCAAAUCCAGCGACGGAUUGCAGCGCGGCGUGGAGGAGCUGCUGGAAUCGAUGAUCCAUGAGCGAGGGAUUCCAAUCAAGGCGAUCAUCUCCGACCUUUUCCUCCACUGGAUCCAGGACAUUGCCACCAGAUUCAAGCUCGUGAGAGUGGCAUUCUCCACGACCUCUGCGACCUUUGAUCUCGUCACGCUCCACAUGAGGAGGCUUCGAUCCGAGGGAUUCGUCCCGGUCAAGAAUCGCACAACUGGAGACAAGAAGAUCGAUUUCUUCCCUGGAAUCCCAUCGUUCUCGCCAUUUGAUCUUCCCCUGGCCUGGUACGAGGAGCACCCGAUCAUCCCCUUCUUCGAGCCGCCCUACGAGCGUCUCUUCCAGGCCGAUUGGAUCCUCUCGGGGACGUUCCAGGCGCUGGAGCCGGACAUCGUCUCGAUCUUCCACCACCACUACGGCGUCAAGAACUACCUCCCAAUCGGCCCCUUUCUCCCCGACGAGCACAUGCAUGGCUCUGGCGAUGGCGGCCAGGAAGACCUCCGCGCCGCGCUCUCUAGCGAGGAUCUCCGCUGCCUGGAAUGGCUGGAUUCGCGGCCCAACUCCUCGGUGCUCUACGUCGCGUUUGGGAGCAUCGCGGUCAUGCCCAGCGAUCAGUUCCAGGAGCUCCUCCACGCGCUGGAUCACUGCUGCGCCGAGAAGAAUGUGGGCGUGCUCUGGUCGAUACGGCCCAAUCUCGUGGAUGGCGAGUUCCCGCGCGAGAUCUUCGAUGCGUUCCUGGAGCGCAGUGGCGAUGGCGCUUGCGUCGUGUCGUGGGCGCCCCAGAUGCGCGUCCUCCGCCACGUCGCGGUGGGCGGAUUCAUCACGCACUGCGGAUGGAACUCGGCGCUCGAGGGGAUGUGCGCGGGCGUGGCGAUGAUCGGGUGGCCGUGCCUGUCGGAGCAGAACCUCAAUUGCUCGUUCCUGGCCAAGAGGAAGCUGAUGCUGCGCGUCAAGGAUCACUCCAGGGACGGGAUCCUGGGGCGAGAGGAGAUUGCCAGAGCUGUGGACGAGCUCAUGCACGGAGAGAUUGGAAAGGAGAUCCGGGCGAAUGUGGGCGCGGUCAAGAUCGAGGCGAGGAAGGCCGUGGCCACCGGUGGAAGCUCGCACGGCAAUUUGCAAGCGUUCGUCAAUGCCCUAGCUUUCAAAGUUUGACCCAAGUGUAUAAUGUCACAUCCACAUUCCGUGUUUUCUUCAAAUACUCCAGCGACGAUCUAAGAACUAAAAGGAUCCACAAAUGAGAAAGACAAUCUAUCAACACAAUGGAAAUAAAGUUUUUAAACACACAAGAGCUCAAAGUUAA